GCAGAUUCAGCAUGGAGAGGUACUUGAGCGAUCCACCGGAUGGUGGCUAUGGCUGGGUCGUGGUCACCUCGGCCUUCUUCAUCAUGGGCCUGACCACUGCUGUUAUUAAAAACUACGGCCUGUUUUUCCUUGAAAUCCAAAGUCACUACAAUGUCCUUACCAGUACUACCUCAUGGGUGACCUCGACCACUAUUGCUAUGUUUCAUUUGGGAGGUGAGGAAUACUUUAAUGUACUAUCUUUUUCAUUUAAUUAUCCAAAUAAAUUGAAUGAAUACUCUCAGAACAGGUAUAACAAAUUGUCUGAAACUGACAUUUAAUGAUGACUCUAGACCUGCAUAGAGAGACUUGUUUUUCUCAUCUGUUUAGCUCCUCUUGCCAGUGCUCUCAGUAUGCACCUGUCCCAGCGCGCUGUUAUCAUGGUCGGAGGGCUUCUGGCUGCCUCAGGAAUGAUUAUCGCCUCUUUGGGCCUCAGUCUGCUUUGGAUGUAUCUGUCUAUGGGUGUACUACAAGGUCUUGGCAUCUCAUUUUCUUGGAUACAAGCUAACAGCAUGGUCAGCCAUUAUUUCAAACACUGGCGUCCCAUUGCCUAUGCUAUUGCUAGUUCUGGAGAGUGCGUCUUUGCCAUGGGAUUCAGCCCAUUUUUCCAGUGGCUUAUCAACAGCUAUUCUUGGCAAGGGGCUCUACUCAUCAUUGGUGGUCUUCAGCUGAAUCUGUGUGUGUGUGGUUCUCUGAUGAAAUCCCUCCCAGCUGCACAAACCUCUACCCAAGACAACUCGGUGCUGGACACAAAAGAGGAAAGCAGGAAAUCAAAAAAAGCCACUUUCCAGUGCUCUCUCAUUCAGAGGCCUGAGCUGCUGCUAUAUAUCAUGUUUGCCAUCUUGGCUGCAGCAGGUUUCUUCAUCCCACCUCUGUUUCUAGUGCCCUAUGCCAAUAGUUUGGGCAUGGAGCAGUUCUGGGCGGCCUCGGCUCUGUCAGUGCUGGCAUUAGCAGACCUGCUGGGCAGACUGGCAUGUGGAUGGGUGGCUAACCUGCGACUCGUGAGAAACCUGAAGCUGCUGUCCAUGGUGGUCACUGUGCUGGGGGUGGUGCUACUACUGCUUCCCAUCGCACAGAGCUACUGGAGUAUCCUAGUCUUUUCGUCACUCUAUGGCUUCCUGUUCGGCUGCGUGGUGGCCAUCCAUGUGACAAGUAUCGUGGAUAUUGUUGGACUGGAGGGCUUUGAUAGCGCUCUAGGGCUCUUCAUGCUGUUCCGGAGCUCUGGAGGAUUUUUGGGCCCACCUGCUGCAGGUCAGUGCAUGUCUUUAACUUUCAGGCAUAUCAGACUAAAGGUGCUUUCACACCAAGAGCGCUAGCUAUAAAGAUAACUAUAACAAUAACUAUAUUAAUGUCCAAACCAAUGAAUGAUAGUAGUAUGUUUAUAAGCACAUGCUGCCGUUUUAGAGGAGUACAACAUGAGAAACAAAAUUUCCCUUGAUCGUUUGACA